AUGAUCCCGUUUCUGCAUCAUCAUAAGGACUUGACCCGCGUCCGCAACAAUCAGCGGCGCUGCAGACAGCGAAAACGCGACUACGUAGCUGAGCUGGAGCGAGAACUUGCAUCCAACAAGGAUGCUAGUUCUCGUGAGAUUCUGAGGCUGCAGUCUAUCACGGAUGGCCUUCGUCAAGAGAACGAAAGGCUAACGGCUGUACUUGAGCUUUGGGGCGUCGGCCCCAAAGGCUCAGGUUCCAGGCCUAGCAGGCCAUCAGAGUAUGAGAAUACCGUCUUGGGCGAUAUUUAUAAGUAUCCGGUCCCUUCAGCGGACGGAUGUGGCUUGGGGCAAACAGAAGACACACCUGCAGGAAAUGCCUUCGAGCUUUGUCUCUCUCCAAUCAAGUCUUCUUCUGUCGAGGGAUUUGAAGACACCUUCACGUAUUCCAACUGCCUCCCGAUACCACCAAAGGUGGGGCCAAAUUCUGGGUCCUUAUCUCUCCGAGAGACACAUGUACUAGAAGCCAAUAUAGAACCUGAAAUGUCCAAAAAUAACUACGAAGACACGACGGUGUGCGCUGUGGCUUUGGAGCUGGCCAUGAAUUGCAAUACGAAGAACCUAAGUAUAAUGGAGCUUGAUUUGCGUCUUCGAUGCGGCUAUCGGAGCGCGCGUUUCCAAUGGGAGGGCUGCAGAGUUGAUAAUCAGGUCUUGUUCGAGGUUCUCGCUGAAAUUAUGUGA